AUGGCAUGGAGUUCAUCUAAUGAUGUUGAGAGCUGGCUGGAGGAAUGCAGCUCUUCAGUUGAUCCCUUCCCUGAGAGCAUUUCUGCUCCUUUGGCCUGUGGAUCCUGCAGCAAUAGAACCAGCUUUGAAGAUGAUCUUAGCCUGGGAGCCGAAGCAAUGUUUCUCCUCAACAAAGGCAGAGCUGAGUCUGGGUUCCCAAAAGAUAGCAGAUGGUCUUCUCAGCAUAUUAAUCUGGAUCAUAGCAUGGCUUCCAGUGCCAUCUCGGGCAGUACAAACAAGACUACCUCCAGUAUCUCAGAGGUGUUGGACCUUUGUGAAGUGGAUGUGGAGACAAUCCUCUGCAACUUGGGCUUCAUCCAAGAGGAGCCACAGGCCACAUCUUGGAUCCCAGCCCGGUUCUUCUCUGUUCCGUCUCAGGCCAAGGGCAUUGAUUUCCAGCUUUUCCUGAGAGCCCAGGUGCAACGGAUUGAGACAGAAGACCCUUGCCUGAUCUUAGCAAGUCGGUUCAAGCAGGUCCAGACUCUGGCUGUAACUGCAGAUGCGCUCUUCUGCCUCUACUCUUAUGUAUCUAAGACUCCUGUGCAGAAGAUUUCUCCUGCCCAAUUGUUCUGGGCUUUCCCUGAAAUACCAGAAUCAUGGAAUGCUCCCUCCAACCCCGAGACACUCUCUCCACUCCAACGCCUGCAAAGAGCUGUUUCCAGGAUGUGUUUGUACAUCUCACCACGAAAGAGAAGGCUUUCAGGGGCAUCUGAUACACAGGUUCCCAUGAGCUGCUUGGAACAGAUUGUACAGGAAGUGAUGGCAAAGGCUUUCAAAGACAGAUUGGAUGGGAUUCACAUAGUGACUCCUGAAGACCCUAUCAAAAUGGAGAGUGCUUCUUCAAAAUCAAUUAUGAUGGACUCAACUCCUGUGGCUUCCCCCUGUUUCUGCUGUGAAGCUCCAGCUCAGUCUAAGGAAAAUACAGAUCUCAUCUUGCUGGGCUUACAACCACGGCUUGCCUCUUCCACUGGUGGAACCAGCAGGGAAAGUCUGGACAUUGAUGGCUAUCAAAAAUUCUUCCACUAUUUUUCUCCACCACCAGUUACAACUCUAGAUGAAAGCAGUGAGGAAUCAGAUGAAGAGUCUUCUGAGUCAACAGAAAAAGGCUCUUCUGGAAAGGAAGUGUGGACUUUUUGACAGAUCUGUCCCAACGUUAUAGUUAAGAGGGGGAGAGCAGUUAACCAUAACAUUGGCAGAUCGAAAGUCACUUAAACACUGAAAUUCAGUGGCAGGACAGUGUAGGUGCUUCAGACUUUAGUUCUUCAUUUGCUCUAGGCUUGGCCUACCUUACUGCAAAGGGCAUAGAAAUAAUGUUAGUGAAGCUGAUGGGUUUUCUGAAAGAAACAUUUAAAUGCUGAAUCCUAGUAUUGGACCACAUGCAUGACAAGAGUUGGAUUGGAUGUCCCAUAUGGUAUCUUCCAAUUCUAUGCUUCAUUGAGUCUAUUAAAUGGUUUGAGGACACAGAUUCCAGAAGUCACCCAGCUUUUUCAGUGGUAAGAGAUGGAUACCUCAGAAAACGAAAGCUGACUUAUAAUGUACCUGAUCACUGGUUCUUCUAGCCUUCUUUAAACUGGCUGUGCUAGGGAUUGAAUCUUGAGCUUCCUGCACAUGAUGCAUACAUUUUACAAUGCUAGGCCCCCAACUUUGUUUCAGCAACAUCACUAAGGUUUCUGCAAUAUUGUUCAGCAUUCAAGAGGACAGAGGUUGAUAUCUAUCCAUGGAAUUAACUUCCUUGAUUCCAGGAGGCACGGAACACAAAAUACAGCUUCUGUCACUUCAGUUGUUUCAGGAGUAGGAACCAUAUUGUAUUGUGUUAAACAGGACAGAAGGUGUUCAGGUUGUGAAGAUGGGAGAGGCUGUAGAACUUAGGGUGGAAUUUUAAAAAACCUUUUCAUAGAAAGGCAGCCAUUUUGAAGGCCUUCAAUAUGUUUUGCUCUUCUACCAAUGGAACUUGGUUUAUUUAUUCUUUUCUGAAGAUAGUUUUGACAUAUCGAUAUGCCUUUCCUUUAUGGUAAUUUUUAGCAUUCCUUGAAAAAAGUGUUCUUAUUUGUUUGAAUUAUUGUUGGGUACCCUCCCAGUAAUUUGCCCUUGGUGAUACUUUCAAGUAGCCCAAUAUGAAUGCCUCUAGCUUUAUUUGUCAGCACAUGUUGUGAUGUGUGUAUCUGUGAGGUUAUCUAUGAAGUUGUUCCACUCACCAUGUGAUCCCUAUUUGUUUGGGACCAACUAUGUGGCCAGUUUGGGGAUAAGGAAGAAGGAGCAGGAGCAGUUGCAGCAAAGGAAAAGUAGCAUUGAAUGAGAUUAUGGGAGAGGAUCAGUAUUCAGGCAGCCACCAGUGCAGUCCUAUAUACAUCUCUUGUGACAUCACAUUCAAUGUAGUCUAUUCUGUAAGUAAUAAUUUAUACACUUGUAUAAAAUGAGAGCAACCCAGUUGACUGGUGCAUAGGUAGUGUACAUACAUUGGUAUUAAAUGUUUUUGGGGGCAAGUGGUUUUUGCUCUGCCCAAACUUUUGGUUUUGACCCAAAUUAAAUACAGGUGGUUUGCUGAAUUAUUCCAAUUGAGGGGUGAAUUCAUACUUUUAUUAACAUAGGCAAGACUUCAUCAUGAAAGAG